UGUUGAAAGUAUACAAAGACAUAAAAAUAAUUGUAACUAAAGUUUAUUGAAAUAAUUCUACACUCGUGUACGCAAUUAAUAUCAAUCUCUUAUAAUUAUAUUCUUUUACCGAAUUUUCUAAAAUGUACCACUAACAAAAGUUACAAUUAAAGCUAUGUAUUUGUAAAUAUGUAUCGAUAAUAACUUAAAAUACAUAAACAAGGUGUUGGGAUCACAUCAGAAUUUGACUUUUAACAUACUUUAAGAAAUAUUUGUCUAAAAAUGGAAAAUUCUACUAAUGAAAUCGUUAAUGAAACUUCUGAUACAGCAAAUCUAAUAAGCAAUGAAGAGGCUAGCACUUCAAACUAUGCUCAAUUAAACAAAUCUUCUGACUUACAGGAUUCUGGUGAAGAGGACAUCCAUGGAAGUCAUGGGAUAAGGCGUAGGCAGCCUGUGCAAAAAAUUACACCAGGAUCUAUGAAUAUUUUGUCAGCAAAAUAUGAGAGUUUGGAUUAUGACACAUGUGAAAACCACUUACUUCUAGAUGAAGAAAGGAAAAGAGGUUAUCCAUAUAUAGUCAAGAAAGACAUAGCAAGAUGGUUUAUUUUUCUUUUAAUUGGGGUCAUAACAGCGCUAAUUGCUUUUAUAAUUGACAUUUGUAUUGAAGAAUUCUCCAAUAUCAAAUAUGUACAGCUGAAGAAAUCUGUUGAUAAGUAUGUGCUGUUAGAUAAGCUCUACAUUCCAUAUUUGUUGUGGGUGUUGACAAAUAUAUCAAUUGUGUUUAUUGGAAGUGUACUUGUUGCAUAUGUGGAGCCCGUAGCUGCAGGCAGUGGUAUACCGCAAGUAAAAUGUUAUCUUAAUGGAGUUAAAGUACCAAGAGUUGUUAGAAUUAAGACACUGAUUGUUAAAGCAGUGGGAGUUAUCACUGCUGUUGUUGGAGGACUAGCUGGUGGGAAGGAAGGGCCCAUGAUACACAGUGGGGCUGUGGUUGCGGCGGGAAUUUCUCAAGGCAAGAGCACGACAUUUAACAAAGACUUUAAAAUAUUCCAAUAUUUUCGUGAGGAUCACGAAAAGAGAGACUUCGUGUCUGGAGGAGCGGCGGCCGGCGUAUCUGCAGCUUUUGGAGCUCCCAUUGGUGGUGUUCUAUUUUCACUGGAAGAGGGGACAAGCUUCUGGAACCAGGCACUAACAUGGCGAACAUUUUUCGGUACCGUUGUCUCUACAUUCACGCUAAAUUUUGCCCUGUCGGCCUAUCAUGGUCACCCCGGCGAUCUGAGUUAUCCUGGCUUAUUGAAUCUCGGUAAAAUGGAGCCAUUCCCCUACCAAAUCUAUGAAUUGCCAGUGUUUAUUGUCUUUGGCAUAAUAGGUGGUCUACUGGGAGCUCUAUGGAAUUAUAUUAACUACAAACUGGCAGUUUUUAGAAUAAGGUAUGUGGGCACACCGUGGUUGCGUGUUGUGGAAGCAUGCUUAGUGGCAUGUGUUAGUGCUACGUGUGGAUUCCUUAUGAUGUUUCUUCUGAAUGACUGCCGUCCGCUCGGAGAGGAUCCUACGAAAGUGCCGCUCCAGCUAUACUGCGCGGACGGCGAGUACAACGCGCUGGCCGCGAUCUGGUUCCAAACACCGGAAGCGUCCGUCCGUUCGUUCCUCCACGACCCUCUCGGCUCGUACAAGCCAGUGUCGCUGCUGGUGUUCGUGAUCAGCUACUUCCUGCUGUCGACUUGGACGUUUGGUCUCGCCGUGUCCAGUGGACUCUUCAUACCGAAUCUGCUGACGGGCGCCGCGUGGGGGAGGCUGUUGGCCAUUUGGAUACAGUACGCGAUACCGUCUACGAGUAUAAAUCCAGCCAAAUACGCUUUGAUCGGCGCUGCGGCCCAGCUCGGUGGUGUAGUGCGAAUGACCAUUUCUUUGACGGUCAUCAUUAUCGAGACAACUGGGCAGAUCUCGAAUGCACUGCCAAUUAUUAUCACGCUGGUGGUGGCCAAAUGGACUGGGGACUUCUUUAAUGAGGGUAUAUACGACAUCCACAUCCAACUGGCCGGCGUGCCGCUGCUCGCGUGGGAGCCGCCGCCGCUCGCGCACAACGUGUACGCGUCGGAGGUGAUGUCGCACCCGGUGUUCACGCUGCGGACUGUGGAAAACGUUGGCCAUAUCGUGGAGAUACUCAAGCUGGUGUCGUACAACGGCUUCCCGGUCGUCGAUCCGCCGCUGGCUGAUGAUGCUGAAGUGACGACUUACAAGCGGUUGCGUGGUUUAAUACUCCGUUCCCAAUUAAUAGUACUCAUACAGAACAAGAUAUAUAAUGAAAAUGCGAACACAACAUGGUCUAACUUCAAUGUAGACAUGAAUAUGUUUAGGAAGGAAUAUCCGCGAUACCCUUCUAUUGAUGAGUUGGAAAUAGCAGACUGGGAGAAAACAUGCACAAUAGACUUACGACCCUUUAUAAAUCCAUCUCCAUACACCUUACCGCAUCGAGCAUCUCUACCAAGGCUUUUUAGGCUUUUCAGAGCUCUAGGAUUACGACAUCUACCUAUUGUGAAUGAUGUCAAUGAGGUGGUAGGAAUGGUAACACGGAAAGAUAUAGCAAGGUACAGAGUAUGGAGGCAUCGGGGACAUAUGGGAAUGGAAGAAUUAUUACUUUCUAGUGAAAUUUAAAUAUUUAUAUUUUAUAGAUAUUAUAUUGAUAUUGUAUAUUAAUAAAAGUAUAUGAAAAUAUUAAUUAAGUGUAAAACAUAUUAAUUAUCUUUUUUAUGUGUAGGAAUGCCAAUAGUUUAUUAGUGAUAUUUUUUAAAGUAUUCUGAUAACCACAAUAGAGCUGUGAAAUAUUUGAUAUAAAUAAGUAUGAGUAUAAUUUAUUCUUUUUAGCUUAUUAGUCAUGCUAAUGUAAGAACACUCGUCUGUAAUUUGAUUUCAUGUUGUUUACUAAUUAGUUUACCAAAGACAUCUAUCAAAAAAUUUAUUAUAUUUUGGUCACUUUCAAUCACUGAUUAAUAUAUUAGUGUUAGAUAAUUUAGAUUAUAUUUACACGGAGGAAAUAUUUAUUAAUAAAAAUAAAGUAUUUUA